AUGGAUGGAACUUUUGACAUAACACCACCUCUUUUCAGCCAACUCUAUUCUAUCCAUGGAUUGUACUUAGGCCGCACACACCCUCUAGUGUACGCCCUACUACCGAACAAACGGCAAGGAACUUACGAGACUUUGUUCCGGGAGCUGAAUCAUCUUACCAAUGGUGAAGCUGCCCCUCAGUCGAUCAUCACAGAUUUCGAGAUGGCUGCCAUUUGCGCCUCCAACGUCGUUUUCCCGCACGCUGAAAACAGGGGUUGCUUUUUUCACCUCGCCCAGAGUGUUCAUCGUCGAAUACAGCGCGAAGGCUUCAAACAGGGGUACGAGAACGACGCUGAUUUUGCGCUACAGUGCCGCACCAUCCCAGCUCUAGCCUUUGUCCCGUCUGAUGACGUAUCUGAUGUUUUCGAGGAGCUCAGCCAACACCUUCCAGAUGUUUUGCAGCCAGUCUUGGACUAUUUUGAGGACACUUAUAUAGGACGUCUGAAUCGCCGUGGAUUAAGACGUGCUCCUACAUUUCCAAUUGAAUUGUGGAAUGUACAUGACCGUGUCAUAAAUAGUGAAGACCGCACCAACAAUGUUGUCGAGGCAUGGCAUCGUUCUGUCCAAGUCACAAUGGGUGAAAUUCGGCCUUCGAUAUGGAAAUUCAUUAAAGGACUUACUCGAUCGCAAAAACUUAGAGACACUGAAAUUGUAGGACUCUUGGCUGGAAAUCCUCCCCCCCCGACGUCGCCCCCGAUAUGA